AUGGCCACCACCUUCUCCUCCACCACCCUCCUCGCCCUCGCCCUCUUCACCCUCCUCACCUCCGCCGCUCACAGCACGCUAUCGCCCAGCUUCUACAACGCUUCUUGCCCGAAACUACAGACAGUCGUGCGCGCGGCGAUGGUCGAUGUCGUGCGAAAGGAGCCGAGAAUGGCCGCGUCCAUUCUCCGCCUCUUUUUCCACGAUUGCUUCCCCAACGGGUGCGAUGGCUCGAUCUUAUUGGAUGAGACACCAAAGUUCUUGAGCGAGAAGAACGCGGCCCCAAAUUUCAACUCGGUCCGUGGUUUUGAUGUAAUCGACGCCAUUAAAUCCAAGGUGGAGAAAGUUUGUAGGGCCACGGUGUCGUGCGCCGAUAUCGUCGCCCUCGCCACGCGCGACGGCGUCAACUUGCUCGGAGGACCCUCUUGGACAGUUGAACUCGGCCGCAGGGACUCACUCACGGCAAACAUGAAGGCCGCCAAUGAAUUCCUCCCCGGCCCGAGCUCCGACCUCGCCCAGCUCCUCAACACGUUCAACCGGAGGGGCUUCACGGCACGCGACGUGACCGCGCUCUCCGGCGCGCACACCAUCGGCCACGCGCACUGCGGCUUCUUCGCCGACCGCAUGAUGGGCGACACCAGCAUCGACAGCGCAUUCGCAUCCCUCCUGCAGCAAAAUUGCUCGCUGAGUGCCGGCGGCGGGGCCGCUGAGGCUUUGGCACCCCUCGACCGAACGCCGGAGCGGUUCGACAACGCGUACUACCGCGACCUGAUCGCGCACCGCGUCCUCUUCCACUCGGACCAGGAGCUGUUCAACAACGGGCCGCAAGAUUCGCUGGUCCGGCAGUAUAGUGCGGACGGCACGUUGUUCGCGGCCGACUUCGCUGCGGCGAUGGUCAAGAUGGGGAGGUUGAACCCGCUGACUGGGACCAGCGGCCAGAUUAGGUUGCAUUGCUCAAGAGUGAACUAA